AUGGUCGAUUGGAUAACAUGCUUCAAAACAAAACCACUAUUUCUGAAUUGGCGACUUCUUCUGAUUAUCACUCUAAACAUUUUGACACAUGCAUCAGAUGCUUCUGUUCAGUCGGAUGAUCUCCACAACGUAGUUUCAGAUGUUUCUGCUGCCUCAUAUUCUUCAAACUCUUCAAAUCAAAACUGGACAACUGAAAACGAUGCUUCGGCUAUAAAUUUCAUUUAUGACAAAGAAUUCGUUCAUGGAGAUAUGAUCACUCGAAUCAAACGAGAUGCCAACAACGAGUUUCUAGACAAUGUCGCCGUAGUUUCUCAUAUUGUCUCUGGAAUCACUCUACAACAUUCUCUAAUUAAUAAUGGGACUCUGGUUGAAAUCUUUGUUGGCGAGCUUCUCAAGUUUGGUAACUUCAGCAUAUCUGAUGUCGUCGGAUUCAAUAUUUCCAAAAUCGAAACUUACAUUGAUUCUAUCAAAGGUGUUAGAGGUUCCUUCAAUACUUAUUCCUUGAAAUUCGAAGAAACCGCAUUGAGUUAUGACGAGGUGCGUAAUGAGUCAGAGAGCAUUCGAGAUUUCUUGAAUUCUUCGAAAUCUGAUCGAUACUUCGGAGACAUUGAAAUUGCAAUGAAGAUGGACAUGGUCAAAUUGGACACGUUGAAGACAUCAAUAGAUCAUCUGAUCUCCGAAUUCAAAGCUCUCAAAAUAGAUUUGUCAGAGACUACAGCUCUCCGAGAUACUAUUCAGAAGUUCGACGAUUUGAAGGCCUUAGUUGGUAGUUUGAAACCACUUGAAUCUCUCCGAAAUGGCACUGAAAUCUUCACAGAUUUCGUGAAGAUUCUGAAAUUAGCAUCUGACAGAGAAAAUCUGCAGAGUGUUACCAUCAAAAGAGCUGAAUUGGAUACCUUUCAUAGUCAUAUGAAUCUGAUCCAACAGAUGAUGAGAGAAAACAACUCCAUAAAUAAUGAGAUCUCCAAGCUGAAGAGUUUCUCGGCUAAUUUCGCUUCAGAAACUACAAAAUCCAGUUUUGGCUUUCAAUAUGGGCUGGAUGAUGUGAAAAAGUUGAUGGAGGACGUAAAACAUCCAUGGCUCGUAAACAUGACAGGUGAUCUAUCAUACCGUUUGUAUCGAUUAUCUGAUGGAUUCCGUCCUUUGUUCGUAUUGACAAAGCAGAUGAUUCGGUUGAAAGAGAAACUGAAGAAACUCUCUUCCGUAGAUACAUUCCCAUCUCUGACUCACUUCGAUCAAAUUCAAAAGAAACUGUUGUCUCCGAGUUCGUUGAAGUUGAUUGAUGUAGUCGAGAAGUACAAAGCAUGCACUGGAUUCCCAAUUUCACAAAAUUUCAAAGAGAAGAUUUCGAAUAUUAGUAGAGAUGCAAAGAUUGUUGAAAGAGGGAUAACUUCGUUGAUUGUAGCUGUUAAGACUACAAGUAAAAUCGACUUGAAGUCAAUGUUUCACAACGUUGAGAAGAACAAUCGAUCAAUAAUAGUUCAUCAGGAGUUGGCUCUUCUCAAGACACUUUAUGCAUCUGUUGACAGAAUGAGGCUAUCAGAAGCAUUGGCAAGUCUCCAGAAUAGUAGGCAAAUCAUUAGUGCAUUUCGCCAAAAUGCUACCGGAGAGCUGGCGUAUCACGCAUGUAUCCACAAGCUGAAGACUGGUUCAGAGCAGUUGGUUCAACUAAUUCAAGCGAUUCAGAAGAUACGAGAUGUGGAUGAAAAGAUGAUAUCAAAUGCUGAGAACGGAGUCUCCAUAAUUUCAGAAGUGAUCGAAGAACUAUCUGGUAUCAGAAAACGUUUCAAGAACAUGAAAAAGGGAAAAUGGCAAGAGUUUCUGAAUAUGAUGCGUGAUUCGGAAGCAUACUCGGAGAAUAUAUUUCAAACAUUAAAGUAUCUGAGAGAGGCCAACAGCCUCAUUGAGUUGAGAGCUUCGAUUUCUGGACUCGAAUCAAUUGGAAGCAGUGUUGAGAUGGAAACACGUGAAAUCGGGAAGCUAGAUGAUGGGAAGAGAAUCAUGAAACAAUGGGGAGACCAUCAGAAAGAUAUGGAUCAAUUGAAUGAUGCUAUAAGAGAAAUCAAGUUAUUCUAUGAUUUUCUCAAUAUCUCCAAAGCCACGACAAUCGCAGAAUAUGGUGUUCCUAUUCUAGGAAUGCUUCACUUCCCGGAUGUGGGAAUGAAUUCCAGAGAGAAAUCAGAGGCAAUCGGAGAACUUCUUCAAGGUGUUAUUCUGGAUCCAAAAACAAGAUUUGAGCUAGAAACCAAUCAGAAAAUAUUCGAUGAAUUGGCACUUCUUGAUCUUCAGUUCUCUAGUCAUCGACAUGAUUUCAAUGCGACUCCGGAAGCAUUCAGAGAAUUCGGAGUGUUUUUGAAACUGUUCUUAGAGAUAGAAGAAGUGUCAUACACUAUUAUCAUCUUCUCGUGUGCUGUAGCACUGGUAGUCUUGGCAAUAGCAAUGUUCGUCUAUGUAAAGUUCUACUAUCUUCCGAACAGAAUUCCGAAAAUUCAUGCAAGAGUGAUGAGAUGGAUCAAGAGGGAAUUUCCGAAAAACGCAAAGAUUGCAUUGAAGAUUCAUGAGGAUAUAAUGAGGAUGAUUGAGGCUCCGAUUGAGCAUGAUCAGCUGUUUUCGUAUGCGAAGCUGGAUCCCGGCAAGCAUAGAAAUCCGCAUAUCUUCUGUAAUCCCGAAAAUCGUGUGCUCAUCUACCCGAAAGAUCCACGUGAUUCCCGUGUUCAUGGAAACUGUAUUCGAACGAGAAAAAAAGAAUUCGUCGCCACGCAAGGACCGAUUGGAGACGAGCUAAUGGGCGGAUUCCAGUACAAAAACGAGAAAGGCGAACUGGUUCUUGUGGAUUAUGUGGAUACUCGUGAAGAUUUUCUGACAAUGUUGGUCGAGCGGAAAGUGGAGAAAACUGUGAUGUUGUGUGAUUUCGUGGAGAAUGGAAUACCUCAGUGUGGCGUCUAUUUUAUAAAGGAGUUGGGUGGUGUCAUAGUGAUUGGAAGAUUCACGGUGACAACGAUGACGGUGGAUUCGAUAUUGAAUGGGAACGGAAGUAAACGGGUACUGAAGAUAACGGAGAAAGGUAAACCUGAAGUACUGCUGGACCACUAUCAAUACCUUGCAUGGCUGGAUCAAGAUAUUCCGAAUGGACACGAAGAUAUGUAUAGACUGAUGAAUAUGAAGCCAAUAGUGGUUCACUGUUCAGCCGGUGUCGGACGAACCACUGCAUUCAUUGCUCUUCAUUAUCUGACCGCUGAGGUGGCACUUUGUGAAACAACGUCUUUCACCGAGUUCGCUAUCGAUUUGAAUAUGAAAAGAUGGCGAGCGCUUCAGACUGUUCAUCAGUCUUAUUGGGUUCAAGCUGGAGUGGUUUAUAAAACUCUUCGUGAUCGCAAGUUGAGAAUGAAAUACUAUAAGAAAUAUAUGAAACGAUUCGAGGAAAUGAAGAAAUGGGAAGUGGAAAGAGAGGAGUUGGCGAGGAAAGAGAGAGCCAGUCAUGUGGCUAUUCAGAUGCCAGACGAAACAGAGUGA